CCGCAAUCGACACCAAUUGGACCCUCGUCUUGGUUUCGCGUGUUUCCCCAGGAAGAGCUAGCCAUCACUACACUACACUACACUACUUUCUACACGAGGUAUCCUUGGUGGGCAUCUUUUAGGAGAUCGUCGUCCUCUUGGUUUCUGCCAUCGACGCACACAGACUGACUCGCGGCCCCGGCAACGGUACCCCAAUCAACACCCACCAACAAGAACAACAGAGCCAACACGCCAACCAACUACUACUUCUACUACUACUGCUACUACUACUGCUACUACCACUACUACUGCUACCUUAGACAUAGGGUGUGGCUUGGCUCCAGCAGCGGGCGUCUGAACCUGUGUCUGUGUCUGUGUUCUGGACUGCGCGUGGAGAACCGUGUAUGUGUGAGGGAGAGCACCUGCUGCUGCUGCUGCUGCUGCUGCUGCUGCUGCUGCCGCUGCGUGUUUGGUUUGUCUGGCGGACGGAAACACCUUGGAGAAACACAGACAAACCGACCGGGGAGAGGAGUCUAGGAGUCCACCCUUGCGCUACCGUCCCAGCUCUCUACACUACAAUCUGCCCUCCCGUUACCACAUCCCCGUAGCUUGCGUACCUACACUAGCUUGCGUAGCCGCGAUGCCCACUUUGCGCGAGCGCCCCAGCAGAGGCGACUCCUCCCCCGCCAAGAGGAACACCACUUCUUCAGCUGCUGCCCCGACCAGGACAGCCGCCAGAACCACCCCCAGAACCACGCGACGACAGUCCAGCAACACCAAUAGCAAUAUUAUGGCUGCUGCCCCGGCCCGUGACGCGAUCGAGGUACGCGAGUCCAUCGAGGCCAAGGGCGACGUCGAUGACGAUGUAGACAUGGAGGAUGCCGAUGCCAAAGACGACGAGCCGCGCAAACCCACCGACAAAGACCAAGAUGCGGACAUGGCCGAUGACCGAGAAGACGACGAGGACGAGGACCACGAUCAGGACGAAGAAGACGAAGAAGAGAGUGAUUCUGCCAAGGAUCUCUUACAGCUAAUCAGAGACACGUCCGAGUACCUGUGUCGGUACACCAUCAAGGUGGAUGGAGAGGACUACGAGAUUGCCUCUGGCUUCCAGAGGUUAGUCAACAAGCGGAGUCUUCCCGAUUACUUUGAGGUUAUCAAGACCCCCAUGGCCUUCAGCACCAUCAGGGGUAAGCUGGGCAAAAAGAGCUACACAAGCUUCAACGAAUUCGUUCAAGACGUGACGCGCAUAUGCCACAACGCACAAGUUUACAAUAGACCCUCCGCCCCCAUCUUCUCCGACGCCGGUCGGUUGCUCGAGGUUUUCAAAGGAAAGCUUGCCGAACUCGUCCGGAAGGGGGACAUUACCGAAAAAGACGCCGAGAUCCCCGACUACGGUCCGUUACCCGAGUUUGAAGAUUCGCCAACCCCCGAAGAGGAAGAGGAUGAGGAAGAGGAGGAAGAGGAGGAGGAAGAAUCAGAAUCGGAUGACUCGGAUGCUGUCGACUCGGAUGGGCGGCGCCGGCGUGGACGGAGACGCGGUGGCCGGUCUCGAAGAAGGAAACAAGAUGACGACGAUGAUGAGGCCCAAAAGAAGCACACGAGACCCCUCAAGGUCCUCACGCCGCAAGAGGCCAGGAUACAGGCCCUACUCAAGGGGCUGCGGAAAUUCAAAAACGAAAAUGGCCAUGUGCGCAUCAAUCACUUUCAGAGGCUCCCUGACAAGUCAGAAAGCCCGGGUUACUACGCCGCCGUGCGCAACCCAAUUGCGUUGGAUAUGAUCAUCAGGAAGCACAAGCGUAAAAAGUACCAAUAUCUCGACCAAGUCCUCCAGGACCUGGAACUCAUGUUUGAGAAUGCCAAGCUCUUCCACGAACAGGGGAGUGAAGAGUAUGAAGAUGCGGUUGAACUACAAAAAGAGGCGCGCGCCCUCACGGAGCAGGAAAAGGCCAAGCCCGACGAUGACUUUCGCGACGCAGAUGGAAAGCUGCCCUUGGACAGCAUUGAGCACGGAGGCGAGCUGUGGCGAGUGGGUGAUUGGGUUCACAUCCGUAACCCCAACGAUCUUUCCAAGCCCAUAGUCGCGCAGAUCUACCGCAUGUGGUCGGACAAGUCUGGCCAGAAGUGGGUGAACGCCUGCUGGUUCUAUCGCCCAGAACAGACGGUCCAUCGCUAUGACAAGUUCUUUUACGAGAACGAGGUGGUCAAGACAGGCCAGUAUCGCGACCACCGGAUCGAAGAAAUCGAGGACCGAUGCUUCGUCAUGUUCAUUACCCGCUACCCCAAGGGCCGCCCUCGCGGAUUGCCCUAUAACAAGAUGGUGUAUGUCUGCGAGGCGCGGUACAACGAAGAGAAAUGCAAGUUCAACAAGGUCAAGACGUGGUCCAGCUGUCUGCCCGAAGAGGUUCGCGACCAGGACUAUGAGAUGGAUCUCUGGCCUGUGCCGCGCACCAUGAGGAAGAUCCCCAGUCCCAUCAAGCAUCUGCUGCAAGCCGACGCCAAAGAGACGGACGACUUGCCGAAACCGACGUGGAGAAGCCCGAAUGCGCCUCCCCUCAUUGGGGCGGUCCAUCGUCGCCCUCGUGAGCCCAAUGAGUCGCCUCCGCCAGAAGCUCACCCAACAUUCAUCGCGCCUGUGCCGCUGGCUAUUGGUCCUGGCCCUGGCUCCGGAUCAUCGCACCGUCAGUCCUUCUCUGGUGGUGUUCCAGGAACACCAACAUUCCAUCCGUCUGUCGCUCCCGCGCCUGGACCUGGUGGACACGUCGCGUUUGGAGGUCAACAUUACGUGCAGCAUUUUGCACCACGGCAACAGCAGCAGCAGCAGCAGCAGCAACAGCAGCAGCAGCAGCCGCCACCCCAGGGUCACGGCAUCGCUCCUCACAUCGUCCAGAUUCACGGUCAUCCGCAGUCGCACCCGCCGCCGCCGAUCCAUCAGUAUCAACCGCAGCUGCAACCACAUCCCCAUCAGGGUCUCCAUCAGCAGCCACUAGGACCCCAGCACCAGCACCAGCCAAUGCCCGGCAUGCCCAUGCACGUGCAGCCCCAUCAUCCCGGGAUGCCCCCGAUGCAGCCAAGCCCCCAUUAUUACCCACACCAGCAGCCUCCUUCUUACUCGCACCAACAACCUCCUCCGUACCACGGUCCCGGGCCACAACACGUCCCAAUUCCUCAGCCUCCACACCAGCCGCCGCCGCCGCCGCCGCAGCAACAACAACUUCAACAACAACAACAACAACAACUUCACCAGCCCUACCAGCAAAUUCAAUACAUUCACCACGGCCCCCCGACCACACAAAGCCAGCUCGCUCCGGCGCCGCCUCCCGGGCCCCAGUACGACCCCCAUCACCCACAUUCCAGGCCGGUGCACGCGCACCCGCCACCACCACCACCACCACAACAACAACAGCCCUUUGGAGUCGGUCUACCGCACCACCCUGGUGUACCCAUAGGCUUGCCGGUAGCGCAUCACUCCCAUUCUCAUCCGCAGCCGUCGCCAAUAGCGCCCAAUUUCCCCACGCCCAACAGGCACCACCAGCCACCUCCGAUGGGAACUCCCAUGCAGCAGCACCCACCAACCAUGCCACAGCAGCUCGCCCCAGGUUCGGCCGCUGGUAAUGCGUACAACGCGCCGCGUGCCCCCGAGGUCUACACCCUUGCCGAGAACAUCGACAGUGAGAUCCCGGAGGAGGUGAAGAAGCAGUUUCAGACGGACGACCAAGGACGUGUCCUCUUUUUCACCGCGCCGCCCCUUAACCGGGCUUCUGUUCGCAAUGGUGGCGUGGCGGAGCAGUACGCUGGGUUGGGUCACAGUGUUCACUGGGAGAGCAUCAAAGCUCUCAAGGAGGAGCGGAGGCGCAAGAGGAAGGAACGGGAUGAGGCGCUGCAGGAAGAGGCAAACAAGCGCAAAGCUGCCAAAACAGCCGAGGCCAAGGCGAAUGGCGAAGGGGAUGAGCACAAAAAGGCACUGAGUCUGCUGGAGGAGGGCAUCCUCCAGUGGUGCGAGCAGAUGCAGAAGGGGACGAAGCAUUUGGAGGAAUUGCUAGGGGGCAGGGAGGGGUGGGAAGAGAUGAUGAGGCAGAGUAAGGAGGAGAACAAGGGGCUAACGGAGGCGGAGAUUAGGAAGAAGAGUUUAAGGUGGUGGCUUGAGGAUCAGAUCAAGAAGGGCUUGGUCACGGAGGAGGAAAGGAAACAGAUGGAGGAGGCUUUUCUGGCCGAUGCAAAGGGUUUGACGAGCGUCAAGGCAACGGGGUUGAAGGCUUAAAAACAUUCGGAUCCCAAGCCAAGUUGAGGUUGAGGUCACUUGUAGCAAAGGAACGGAGUAGGUUUGCCGUACUGGAAGCGUUUAUGAUGGAUGGGGUUUCUGGUUGGGACGGCGCCGUCUACUUGGGUUAGCCCUGAAGUCUCUUUUGUCAGUACUACUCAGUAGACGAUAUCUCGGCCAUCACAUGGUUUCAUUUUUAGCCUCGAUUCUGCAUGUUGUUAACUGUUGGGAAUCAAAAGGAAUAUACGGAACUCGGAUGUUUGGCAGAGGGAGUUGUCUGGUUAAAACUGGUGAAUAUGCUUGGGAGUACAUCGUUAAUUACAAUUUCCAAACUAGCUGGCGGAGUUUUGUCGGCUUCAAAAGUUUUUCACUAUAGAGUAUCACCAAAAAGCAUAGGUAUUCCCCCCUGG